AUGCUAAUUCUAUGGAACUGCUCAUUGGCUGUAUUCUCAAUAUUAGGCACCGUUAGGUGUUUACCACAAUUCUGGCACUUAUACUACACUAAAGGCUUUAUGGCAACGGUAUGUCAGUCUGAUUACUACAAAGACAUACGGGUGCUCUGGUGGUACAACCUAUUCGUGUGGUCCAAAAUUGCUGAGCUCAUAGAUACCCUGUUAAUACGACUACAUUGGAUACACCACGUGACCUUAUGUUACUGUUGGUAUAGUAUAGGCGAAUACCCGGGUACUUAUCAGUGGAUGGUUACCAUGAACUUCGGGGUCCAUUCUAUUAUGUAUACCUACUAUGCGUUGAAAGCAAUGCGGGUGCGAAUCGCCCGUACCGCUAGUAUAGCGAUAACUUUGCUACAAAUUAUGCAAAUGAUUGCCGGGUUUUACGUCAAUUAUGUGGCUAUUGAUCGGAAAAUGAGUGGACAGGCAUGCGAUGUGUUCAUAGAGACGGCUAAGUUUGGAGUUACGAUAUAUACCCUGUUUUUGGUGCUGUUUAUGAAUUUUUUUGUUAAGACAUAUAUUUUAAGUAAAAAUAAUGCAAAGCAUAGAAUUAAACAUGAUUAA